GUUGCUAAGACUGUGGGUCGCCCGUAGAGGUGGGAGUCCGAAUUUGAGAGUCAGGACCUGAGAGAGAUCAAGGGUUAUCGCAGAGCCAAGGAGAUGGUGAAGCAGACGAUCCAGAUAUUCGCGAGGGUGAAGCCCCCUGUCCGGAAGCACCAACAAGGGAUUUAUUCCAUAGACGAAGAUGAAAAAUUAAUACCUAGCUUGGAAAUUAUCUUACCACAUGAUUUGAUAGAUGGAUUUGUGAAUAAUAAACGAGAAAGCUACAAAUUUAAAUUUCAAAGAAUUUUUGAUCAGGAUGCAAACCAAGAGACCAUUUUUGAAAACAUUGCCAAACCAGUUGCUGAGAGUGUCCUGGCAGGUUACAAUGGUACCAUCUUUGCAUAUGGGCAAACAGGCAGUGGCAAGACAUUCACUAUCACAGGUGGGGCAGAACGUUACAGCGACAGAGGCAUUAUCCCAAGGACUCUGUCAUACAUUUUUGAGCAGUUACAAAAGGACAGCAGCAAAAUCUAUACAACGCACAUUUCCUAUUUGGAAAUCUACAACGAAUGUGGUUAUGAUCUAUUGGAUCCAAGACAUGAAGCCUCCAGUUUGGAAGAUUUGCC